AUGUUCCAAUCAUUCACGGGUAACUCCCGCCGUCCGCGGCAAGUUAAUCUCGGAGCUCGCAAUACCAACCCGUUUGCCGCAUUCCCCUCCGGUCGACAGAAUCCCCAUGGCUCCGGCUCGCAGAACACUCUGGCCAUCGCGCAGCAAGAGCGACUUCUCAGGCAACAGGAAAGGGAACGACUGGGCGCAAGUCAAGUGGUCCAGCGGACAUGGCGGGGUUAUCGGAGCAGGAAGAUAACGCGAGGGAGAUGGCGAUCAGAGUGGGAUGCAGCUGAGGCACAGAGGAUCCAAGCUGCUCCUCCCUUCGAAGAGCUGGCAAAGGGUCCGGAUGGUGUCAUGCCACCCCCUAUUGCAUACUCAACGGCGGCAGAUUGCUGGGCACAGCUGCGACUACUGGUCCAGUUCCUGGAGCCGUGGAAUAGCAGCGACAUUGCUCGUUUGGUGGUGUUUUCGAGUUCCUUCCAAAAGACAUGGAAGGAGCUGCCGACCAUCGCCACUGAAGGAGAAUGGAUGACCCCGCUGAAGCGACUGGCACAGCUGACCCUGCGCAUGCUUCACGCUGCUCCUUCGUCAACGAUGCCGGCGUUUGCCAUGCGCCCUUUGCUUGAGCUGCUGGGGUUCCUCACGGGCCUAAUACCCAAAGAGGUGGCACGAACCGCCCGAGAAUACUAUGCUGUUAUGGGCCACCUCACCAGGAAUAUCAAGGACAUCUCCGGCAGAUUCGCUGUGUCUACCGAGGACCUGGUUCAAAGUGUGCUGGCACUGCUGCGACCAAUUACGUCGGAGACCCUCACGGCAUAUGAAUGGUUUGCCAGGAGCUACCUGACCAUCCCCGAUCUGACAGCCCACCUCAAGUCGCUGGAUGACUUGGCAAGCAACAUCAAUUAUAAACUGCUCACGUCUGCGUUGGGUCCUCUGCAGUCGCAGUUCAGAGAGCGGCCCCAAGACUCGAACGAUGUAGAGUCCCGCCUCUGGCUGCUUUCUUACUUCAUUUUCUUCCAUCGAUAUGCUCUGGGCGGCCAUGCCGGACUUCAAGCCUCAGAGCCCGGCUUUGUCCAGGUUGUCUCCGAAUUAUUGAAUUCCACAGCUGUAUAUAUCUCGCGGCGACUGGACUUUGACGACGCGCCUGAGCUGGACGACCCGUCCCAGACAACUCCUUUACACCCAUUUGUCAAGGAUCAGCUCGUCAGCCUUAUCAACCAGACGAGUAUCACCGGUCUCCUCUCGCAGCUCCAGUCUACGCACCUGUCGCAGGGUGAUCUUGCCGAUGUGCAGUCGGACGCUUCGCGGGAGGCUAAGAUUCUCGCUACGUAUGCUUUGACCCUUCUGCGAGUGUUCCCCCGGCGGGGCGACGAUAUCCGCAUGUGGUUGUACUUAGGAUCAGCCAAUUCAAGUGAUCAAGCCGGAGGUCUUGCGGGAUCGCGAAUCCCCGCUAUUAAAUACUUCUGGCAUGCAUCUCGGUCUAGUAGAAUAUUUGCAGCUAUCUGUCAAGACUCGACAAAGGUUCUGUCUCUGUUGAAGCCUGCAGCGGAGUCGACCGAUUCUAGGCUGUCGGCCCUCUCUCAGAACGAAAGAGACGAGGAAUGGACGAUUAUCCUGCUUUUCCUCGAGCUUUAUACGUUUGUUCUGAAAGUGAUGGACGACGAGGAGUUCUUUUCGAGCGACUCGUCGUUCACUGCGUCGUCAAACACGCGCGUGUCCUGGACCAAGGAAAGUGCCCUACCACUGAACGAUAUUAAAGAUAUGACGGUGUUCCUCAAGAAUCUCGCUUUCACGUUGUACUGGAAUUCGGCGGACUUGAAUGAACAGCAGCCCACGCAGGAGCCCGGCAGCAUUCGCAGUUAUUUCAGCUCUUUAACUCCGCCCUCCGAUUCUAUCACAAGUGUCAGAGAUCUGGAGAUGAAGAACAAAGAAAAGGGCCUGGCCGGAGUGACCGGUAUUCCGCUCGAUUAUUUCAAGGGUCUCGUUACGGGUCUAUUGAGAAUGAUUCACGAGCGCGAUUCGCGGCGUAAAUUCCUUCCCGACGGGCAUUGGCUGAUGACGAAUCGCUUUGACAUGGAGGGCUUCAUCCCCGCCGUCGUUGCAGAAGAAGAGAACCGACACCAACUUCAAGACGAGGAUGACGAUGAUGAGCAGGACGAUUUGAUGGGCGAUUCCUACUACGAGCCUUCACCGGGACUAAUCGGCACCGGUCGUGCCCAGCAAACUCGCCGAAUCGAAGCCCUGCGGCGGCGGCAGCAGCAGGCUGCGCGGAGAAAGCAACUGGAGGCCGUGGCCCCGAGACUGGAGAUUCUGCGGAACAUGCCGUUCUUUAUUCCUUUCACCACCCGCGUUCAGAUAUUUCGAGAGUUCAUCUUUAGGGAUCAAAUGCGCAGACGGCAAGGAUUCAUUGAUCCGGACUCAUGGCGCAUGUCUGUAGCCCACGCGUCCAUGGGACGCAUGAUCGACGGGCAUCCGGCUGUGCAGGAUAUCCUGGGUCGGCACCAUGCGAACAUCCGACGCGAGAGCGUAUUUGACGACGCCUUUGACCAGUUUUACGAACUAGGGGAGGGCUUGAAGGAGCCGAUCCAGAUUACGUUCAUCGACAAAUUCAACACGGCCGAGGCGGGAAUUGACGGCGGCGGUGUGACGAAAGAGUUCCUCACCAGCGUGACCAACGAGGCUUUCAAAUCCACGAGUGCACUGACUCUUUUCGAAGAGAAUGACCAGCACCUGCUCUACCCCAACCCAGCCGCCGUUGAGCAGCGCCGGGAGUCCCUGAAACGGACCGGCUUCGUCGAGAACAGCCCGGAAUGGAGUGAGCAGGUCCGUGACUUGCUUCGACGGUAUGAAUUCUUGGGGCGAGUCAUCGGGAAGUGUCUCUACGAGGGCAUCCUGGUAGAUGUCAAUUUUGCGCCGUUCUUCCUGCUGAAAUGGGCCCUGACCGGCGGCACGGGAUCGGCCCAGAGGGAAACCGCCUACCGCGCCAACCUCAACGACCUGAAGGAUCUGGACCAGGGGCUUUAUCAGGGAUUGCUACAAUUGAAGAAUUACCCCGGUGACGUGGAAGGCUUCUCCCUGAACUUCACGAUUAGCGACACGAUUUCUCUCCCGGAUUCGACCAGUCGCACCAUCACGAGAGAUCUGAAAAGCCACGGAUCUGACAUCCCCGUGACGAACCAGAACCGACUCGUCUAUAUUUCCUACAUCGCACGGUACCGUCUUCAGGUGCAACCGGCUCUCCAAACCAACGCUUUCCUUCAAGGUCUGGGUCAGGUCAUCCAGCCCUCGUGGCUGUCCAUGUUCAACCAGGCGGAACUGCAGACGCUGGUUAGCGGCGAGUCGGGCGACAUCGACGUGUCGGACCUUCGACGGCACACGCUAUACGGGGGCGUAUACGUGAUCGGCGACGAUAAGGAAGAGCACCCGACGAUCAAGCUGUUCUGGGAAGUCAUGGAGAAUAUGAGCAACGAGGAACGACAGAAAGUGCUCCGUUUCGUGACCUCCACUCCGCGGGCCCCAUUGCUAGGAUUUGGCCAUCUGAAUCCGCGGUUCAGUAUUCGAGACUCCAGCGAGGAUCAGGAACGACUGCCUAGUACGAGUACCUGCGUGAAUCUCCUGAAGCUUCCUCGUUAUAGCAGCGCUACCGCACUACGCGAGAAGCUUCUCUACGCGGUCAACUCGGGGGCCGGAUUUGAUUUGAGUUGA